UCCAACCGUGCGAGCGCGAUCCAACCUGCGCUAACAAAAGUUAUCAUUCAUAAAUCUGUCGUCUAGCUGAAAAUGUAAAAUAUCAAUAUUGUUGGUCAAUUAAACGCAAAGAGUGUGCACGUGACCAAUAACGGAAAGCUGGCGUUUAUUUCGUAUCUUUAAAGUUUCUUGUGUGAAGAGUUGACUGGUUGUAGCUACAUCCUGACAGGUGAACUGUGUUGACAGCAAACACAGAGACAAAAUGCUCUGAUGGAGGACAUCCGACCACGUCUGAAAUUUGGUAAUAGAGUCGAAGAUGUGAAACUGAGGAAACGAAAAUCUCAGCUGUACUCAAAGGAAGAUAAAAGUCCUCUCAAAGACGGUGUGCUGAGAACCAGAGUUGUUGUGUUUUCUGUGGCGUUUAGACUCAUCAACUGCUUCCUGGUUCAGACCAGUUUCGUCCCUGAUGAGUACUGGCAGUCUCUGGAGGUCUCCCAUCGUAUGGUCUUCAACUAUGGGUAUCUGACCUGGGAGUGGAAGGCAGGAAUAAGAGGAUUCACCUACCCGCUCUUCUUUGCCGUCAUAUACAAGAUAUUAUACUUCAUAAACUACGACUCAGUCCAUCUCUUAAUAUGGCUUCCACGUAUAAUUCAAGCUCUCCUGGCUGCGGCUGCUGAUGUGAAAUUCUUCUUCCUCAUCCAAACGUUGGACAGUUGUGACGUUGCAAAAUGGACAUUCUUCUGCCACAUGUGCUCGUGGUUCUCGUGGUACUGCUGCACCAGGACUCUGACCAACACCAUGGAGACCACCAUCACCACCCUGGCUCUUUUUUACUUUCCUCUCCCUGGGUCCAAAACACACAGCAGCAAAAUCUAUUUGACCCUGGUCGCCCUGGCCGUCAUCGUUCGACCGACAGCCCUGAUUGUCUGGUUUCCUCUGCUGAUCUACCAUUUUUGGCAGGAAGAUAACAAACUGAGGCUCAUCACUCAUAAUGUCAUUCCUAUAGGAGCUUUGGCUGUUGUGAUUUCAACGGUGAUCGACUGUAUAUUUUAUGAAAAGUGGACCAUGGUGCAGUUCAACUUCCUGAAGUUUAACGUUUUUCACGGUGUGGCCGGUUUCUAUGGCUCUCAUCCCUGGCACUGGUACUUCACUCAGGGGUUUGCCGUCGUGCUCGGUCCUCAUCUUCCGUUUUUCCUUCAUGGGUGCAGCCUCGCCCCUAAAAGAUACAAAAUCCUGUUGGCAACGGUCGUCUGGACAGUCGUGGUUUACAGUUUGCUUCCACACAAGGAGUUCAGAUUCAUCUAUGCCGUGCUGCCUUUCUGUAUGAUCUUCUGUGGUAUAUCUUUGGCUAACUUGAGAGUGUGGCGACGGGCUGCUGCAUUCCUCCUGUUAGUGAGCAACCUAGCCGCAGCUUCGUACACCAGCCUGAUCCACCAGCGAGGCGCUCUGGACGUCAUGAGCCACCUGCAGACACUUUGUGACGUGUCCACGCCUUCGCAGCCAGACGUCCUCUUCCUCAUGCCCUGCCACUCAACGCCUUUUUACAGGUCUUUCUUUUAA